UCCCUCUUCCUCCAUGCGAGCUUUUCGUUUUUCCUCUCUGUCUGUUCCAUAGAACUUUUAGGAGGAGGAGGAAGGAAGAAGAAGAAAGAAGAAGAUGCCGAAACCCAUGGAUCCAUUGGUUGUCUUGCUUCUCUUUGCGGCGUUGGUUAUCGGAACCUUGACUCCGGCCGGUGGGCAAUCGACGCCGGCGACAAAAUCGCCAAAGGAUAGCUGCAUCGGGAUCUAUCUGGAGUACAAUUUCCAGUGGGGUCAGGCAGUCUACCCGUUGGUGUCUAAUUUGGCAGAACAGGGCUAUUCCUUCCAUUCGUCCCUGACGCUGGUCAACACCGGCGUCCGGCGGCUCAAGUCGUGGGUUGCCUUCAUCGGGUUUCAGCACCGCGAGGUCCUGGUGUCUGCGGAUGGAGCCGUGCUCACUAACGGGACCGACCUCCCCGCUGAUGUUGGCAAUGGAACCUUCCUCUCUGGUUUUCCGGAGACCGAUCUCAAGACGGCCAUCGAGACGGCCGGCGACACGAAGCAGUUCGAGGCGACGAUCCCGCUCGUUGGUACGGAGUUCGGCGUCUCCCCAACUUCCUUUCCGAUGCCCGCCAACAUCAGCCUCGCCAACGAUGGGUACACUUGCCCGAAACCCACCCGCCAAGGAAAUCAGACCAUAUAUGUCUGUUGUGUCUAUGAUGGAAAGCAGAAGUUUAAUAUAAGUGACAAUGUGGAGUUCUUACCUCGGCAGAAUGGCGAUCUUACCUUUGAUUAUGAUGUGAUCCAGUCCUAUGGCAGUAGUUACUUGGCACAAGUCACUAUGACCAACAAGAAUCCAUUGGGACGCUUGGAUAAUUGGAAAUUGUCAUGGGAAUGGAUGAGAAAUGAAUUUAUUUACAGUAUGAAGGGAGCUUAUACUCUGUUAACGGACGUUUCUGAUUGCAUCUAUGGUCCACAGGGUACCUAUUAUCAAGAUCUUGAUUUUUCAAAGGUUAUGAACUGUGAGAAGAAACCGACAAUUGUUGAUCUUCCUCCCACUAGAUAUAAUGACACAACCGUUGGUCUCAUUCAAUAUUGUUGUCGGAAUGGAACGCUUUUGCCAAGUUCUAUGGACCCGUCCAAAUCAAAAUCUGCCUUUCAACUGCAAGUUUAUAAGUUACCACCUGAUCUUAACCGGACUGUGCUAUUUCCUCCUGAGCACUGGAAGGUCAGUGGCAGUCUUAAUCCUGACUAUCAAUGUGGUCCUCCUGUUAGAGUCAGCCCCAGUCUCUUUUCCGAUCCUAGUGGCUUGCAGUCAUCUACAUCUGCCAUAGCGACUUGGCAGGUGGUUUGCAACAUUACCCAAGCCAAAAACUCAUCUCCUCGAUGCUGUGUUUCCUUCUCUGCAUAUUAUAACGACUCUGUUGUUCCAUGCAAAACUUGUGCUUGUGGUUGUUCAGCCUCUGUUGGUUCUUCCACCUGUAGUACAACCGCUUCUGCCAUGCUUCUUCCAUCUGAGGCCCUCCUUGUUCCCUUUGCCAAUCGAACAGUGAAGGCCCUAGCUUGGGCUGAUAUCAAGCAUUUCAAUGUCCCUAAUCCAUUGCCAUGCGGUGACAAUUGUGGAGUUAGCAUCAACUGGCAUGUACUGACCGAUUAUAGCAGUGGCUGGACUGCCAGGAUCACACUCUUCAAUUGGGAAGGUGUCAAUUUUGCUGAUUGGUUCACCGCCCUUGAGUUGGACAAGGCUUUUCCAGGUUAUGAAGCUGUGUACUCCUUUAAUGGAACCACCACGCCUGAUGUCAACAAUACCAUUUUCAUGCAAGGUUUGCCUGGCUUGAAUUAUCUCAUGGCUGAAGAUACAACUCAAAGUCCACCAGUACCUGGAAAAAUGCAAUCCGUGAUUUCUUUCACAAAAAGAACACCUGGCAUCAAUGUACCUGGAGGUGAUGGAUUUCCUACAAAGGUCUUCUUCAAUGGUGAGGAGUGUUCUCUGCCUUCCAUAUUACCUACAGCAGAUGCACCUGCUGUUUCCUUAAAGAGCAUAUACUCAUCUAUCAUGUUUGCAAUUUUGGCAUUUAUGAUGUUGGAUCAGCUUCGGUAAUGACUACCUUUUAAAGGGUUCUGCUGUUAUUCUUUGAUUCUUUUGUGUAUGAAUCCCAUUAUAGUCACAACUCCGAAGGUUUUUGUUGAAUGGGUUUCUUGUGAUGCCAAUUAGUUGUUGGCAGACCGAUAUAUGCCUCUCGAAUUUUUGUCUGUCCUUGAAUAGCUGCCAUGAAAAGUAUGUAUUCACAAAUGACAUCAGCAGGAUGGUUGUUUGCCCUACGAUUAUCUCUUUUUUGUACACUGGAACAGAAAUACUAAGGGGUUGAUAGUA